AUGCUCUCCACAAAACCGCAGCCGCCGCUCGCGCUUCUUGGUGAUGUCUCUGUCGAUGAGGCAAUCAUGAAAUGUAUCGUUGGUGAUUGGGAUCGGGUUCAAUCUACUUACAUCGGAGACAGUGGCUGGUCUUGGCCACUACGAGUCUCGCUCGUAAAGGACGACUCAACGACCCGGCGCUACUUCAUAGCCAAGGGUGACCUCGGGAUGAGUAUGUUGCGAGGGGAGUAUGAGUCAAUGUCAUUGCUCUAUUCGAUUAUACCCGACAAUGUUGUUAAACCGCUUGCCUGGGGGAUUUGCUCGUCGCAACCGGAUCACUCCUUUUACAUCAGCAGCUUCUACGAUCUCAUAAACGAGCAGCCUGAUAUGCAGCAAUUUUGCACCAUGGUUGCUCGGUUUCACGAGGGGAGCUCCGAACUAUUCGAACAAGCUAAGAUACAUCCUAAGCCACAGGGCAGAUUCGGUUUCCACCUCACCACACAUAUGGGUGCGUUCCCACAGGACAAUGAUUGGUGUGACUCCUGGGAGGAAAUUUUUGCCCGGGGCAUGCGCAAGAUCCUAGACUAUGAAAACGACGCUCAAGGAUCCUCAAUGGAACUGGCUUCUCUAGCGGUUAAUCUCCUAGAGAAGGUAAUCCCACGACUCCUCCGCCCUAUGGAGACGCACGUGAGAAGCCUUCGGUCGUCACUAGUUCAUGGAGACCUCCAAAUUCGCAAUGUGAAGAAGGAUAAAGGGACCCAAAAGCCUCUCAUCUUCGACGCCGGGUCUUUCUGGGGCCACAACGAGUCUCAUUAUUCUGGGAACACCGAACCAAGAGAAUUGGCUCUUGAUGAUAUGCGCUAUCUCGUCGAGAAGUAUCCAUGUGGUUAUGACUACAUUGCAGCCAGCGAUUCCCCGACCAGUUAA